GCGUGGGCCGGGAGGGUGGUGGGGCUCCGGGGCGCCCCGAAGGCAGGGUGCCCCGACCGCUCCGGGGAGCCCCAAUCCCGUGGAGCGCUCGGAGCGAGCGCGCCCCAGCCGCACCGGACCUUGCGCUCGUCCCCCGCGUACCCCACUUCUGCACAAACUUUUCUGACGCUCUCGCCCGUGGGGGUCGCGGAGAGCACUGAGCCGUCCGCAGGGUUCCCGCCCCGCGGGACCCUGGCCACGCUGACCUCCUGCCUCUCGUAGCCUCAGUGGCGACCUCUCCAGGCCGGGCCGGGCACGGCACUCGAGGCGAGCGCGGCAAGCACCGCGGCUCCCCGAAGGCUCCCGCGCCCCCCGGGGCAGCUGGGCGGGGUAAUGCCCUCGGUGAUGGAGAAGCCGAGCGCGGGCUCCGGGAUCCUGUCCCGCAGCCGGGCCAAGACGGCGCCCAACGGUGGACAGCCCCACUCGGAGGAUGACAGCAGCGAGGAGGAGCACUCGCACGGACCGGAGCCUCCGGCUUGCUUCUUCCCCGGGCCUGGGGGCUGCCGACACAGGGAGUCUGGAGACAGCAUGAUCCGCGUUGGAACCAAUUACCAGGCCGUAAUUCCGGAGUGCAAGCCUGAGAGCCCUGCACGCUACAGUAACAAGGAGCUGAAGGGGAUGCUGGUGUGGUCACCCAACCACUGUGUGUCUGAUGCCAAGCUUGACAAGUACAUUGCGAUGGCCAAGGAGAAGCAUGGCUACAACAUUGAGCAGGCACUGGGCAUGCUCUUGUGGCAUAAGCACGAUGUGGAGAAGUCACUGGCCGACUUGGCCAACUUCACCCCAUUCCCAGAUGAGUGGACCGUGGAGGACAAGGUGCUGUUUGAACAGGCCUUUGGCUUCCAUGGCAAAUGCUUCCAGCGGAUCCAGCAGAUGCUGCCUGACAAGCUGAUCCCCAGCUUGGUGAAGUAUUACUACUCAUGGAAGAAGACCCGCAGUCGGACCAGUGUGAUGGACAGACAGGCUCGGCGACUGGGGGGCCGGAAGGACAAAGAAGACAGUGAUGAGCUAGAAGAGGGCCGAGGAGCUGUGAGUGAGGGAGAGCCAGAUGCUGGAGACCCCAAGAGAGAGCCUCUGCCCUCUCGGCCCCUGAAUACCCGCCCAGGCCCCGGGAAAAAGGAGGCCCAGGGUUCUCAGUACCGCCACCAUCCGCUGCGAACCCGGCGUCGCCCACCCAAGGGCAUGUACCUGAGCCCCGAGGGCCUCACGGCUGUGUCAGGAAGCCCAGACCUCGCCAACCUCACGCUUCGAGGCCUUGAUUCCCAGCUUAUCUCCCUGAAGCGCCAGGUGCAAAGCAUGAAGCAGACCAACAGCAGCCUCCGCCAAGCGCUGGAGGGUGGCAUCGAUCCAUUGCGCCCUCCUGAGGCCAACACCAAGUUCAACUCCCGCUGGACCACGGAUGAGCAGCUUUUGGCUGUCCAAGCCAUCCGUAGGUAUGGCAAAGACUUUGGGGCUAUCGCAGAGGUGAUUGGGAACAAAACUCUGACCCAAGUGAAGACCUUCUUUGUGAGCUACCGGCGCCGCUUCAAUCUGGAGGAGGUGCUGCAGGAGUGGGAGGCUGAGCAGGAUGGGGCCCCAGGAGCCCCAGUCCCCAUGGAGGAGUCUAGGAGAGGGGCCUCCUUGCCAGCCUCGGCCCUAGAGGAAGAUGAUGAGGUGCAGAUCACCUCCGUCUCGACCUCUGUGCCCCGAUCGCUACCCCCCGUGCCUGCCCCCCCUCCACCUCCCACCUCCCUGUCCCAGCCGCCCCCACUGCUGAGGCCACCUUUGCCUACUGCUCCCACCCUGCUCCGCCAGCCACCCCCGCUCCAGCAGGGUCGUUUCCUCCAGCCCCGGCUGGCCCCCAACCAGCCCCCCCCACCUCUCAUCCGCCCUGCUCUGGCUGCCUCCCGCCACAGUGCCCGCCCCGGCCCACAGCCUCCACCCACCCUGAUUGGAGCCCCUCUGGAGCCUCCAGCACCCUCACUGUGAGCCCUGAGGCCCUCCACCCACCAAGCUCCAGAACCCUGUUGCUGGCUUCACUAAGGACAGAAGGGACUACAGAGCUUUUGGCCAGGCCUUUUCAAAGAUCCAGAGCUGCCAGUGGGCACAGUCUGGACCUGUGGGCUCUGCACAAAUUUCUGGCAGCUGAGCCUCUCUGCCCCCACCUGGCCAGGAGCUGGGGCUCAGGAGCCUUCAGAGCUGACCUGAGGGUACUUUCUCUUCCUGGCUGGGGCUGGAAUGGCUGCCUCCUAGUCUGCUGGGGCUUGGCCUUUGGGCCUGGCCCUUUGUGUAGAGGGGGUAGUGACCUUAGCUUGGGGCAUGGGGGAGAGGACAGCCUUGGCUGCUCUCUUUCUUUUAGCAAUAAGUUGGGAGGAGGUGGGGAGGGGGCUGGAGGGGGGAGGUGGGCACAGGUUCCUUUGGGGCCCAAGUGUGGCAGAACUGGAUGGGCAGCUCUCCUGUCUUCUGGAGCCUGCUGAGAAGUGCUGAGGAGCUCUGAGGGUGCCCACUAUACCCACAGCCCAAACGCUUAGAGAAAGGAGGGCUGGGAACAUAUGCAGACAUGGGUUUAUUUUUCAAUGUUUUUAAAAAAUAAAAUCUUCCACGCUCA